GGAAAAAAAGUAUACUUUGUUUUCAUUUUCAUUGCCAUGGCGAAAACGCAAACCCCCCAUAUAGCCAUUCUGCCGAGUCCUGGGAUGGGUCACCUUAUUCCACUCGUUGAGUUCGCUAAGCGAUUUGUCAACCAACACGUCUUCACUGCCACCUUUGUUAUCCCCACCGCUGAUUCUCCGACUAAAGCUCAAAAAUCAGCUCUCGAUUCCCUUCCGAGCUCUAUAGAUUACGUUUUUCUUCCUCCUGUUGAUUUGAGUGACCUCCCUCAAGACGCCAAAAUAGAAACGGUGAUUUCUUCAACGGUGGCUCGGUCUCUGUCUUUCCUUCGGGAUACUUUCAAAUCAUUGGUUGCAAAGACGAAACUUGUCGCCAUGGUGGUUGAUCUUUUCGGGACAGACGCAUUUGAUGUUGCUAAAGAAUUUAACCUCUCGCCGUACGUAUUUUACCCGUCAACAGCCAUGGCUUUGUCUCUGUUUCUUCACCUAAUGAAGCUUGACUCGAUGGUUUCGUGCGAGUACGGGGACCUGCCGGAAGUGAGAAUUCCGGGGUGCAUACCGAUUAACGGCAACGAAUUGUUGGACCCGGUUCAAGACAGGAAAAACGAUGCUUAUAAAUGGGUUCUUCAUCAUGCAAAGAGGUAUAGAUUAGCCGAUGGAAUUAUGGUGAACAGUUUCCUGGACAUGGAAGGAGGAGCUUUAAAGGUUUUACAAGAGAACGAACCCGGUAAGCCUCCGGUUUACCCGGUUGGCCCACUUGUUACCGUUGAUCUGAGUAAUAAAGCCGAUGGGUCGGAUUGUUUGAAGUGGCUAGAUGAUCAGCCACAUGGUUCGGUUUUGUAUGUCUCGUUCGGAAGCGGAGGGACCCUGUCUUCGGACCAGCUAAACGAGUUGGCCAUGGGGUUGGAAAUGAGUGAGGAACGAUUUUUGUGGGUUAUAAGAAGUCCAAAUGAUAAGGUUUCAAACGCUGCAUUUUUCAGUGCGGAGAGCCAGAAGGACCCUUUCAAUUUUCUACCAAAAGGGUUCCUCGAGAGGACCAAAGGCAGGGGUCUAGUGGUGCCAUCGUGGGCACCACAGGCUCAGGUGCUUAGCCAUGGCUCGACCGGAGGGUUCUUGACGCAUUGCGGAUGGAAUUCUACUCUGGAAAGCGUUGCUUUUGGGGUGCCUCUAAUCGCAUGGCCACUCUACGCCGAACAAAAAAUGAACGCCGCGAUGCUAACCGAAGAUACUCGAGUCGCACUGAGAUUGAAACCCGAUGACACUGGCUUAAUUUGCCGAGACGACAUCGCGAAGACCGUGAAGGGUCUAAUGGAAGGCGAAGAAGGGAAAGACGUUCGAAAUAGAAUGAAGGACCUAAAAGAAGCUGCUGCAAAGGCACUCUCCCAAAAUGGCUCUUCCACCAACGCACUCUCUCAGGUCGCUACUAAGUGGAGGAAUCACACUCCCCUCUAAACGCAACCAAAAUCCCUU